GUACGGGCGUUAUGUGCAGUCGAGUUGGUGAUUUCCUCGGGGCUGUCUGCUUGCAGUUGCGGCUAUCUGCAUGAGCGCCACUGCCCCGCCGGCCCGUGAUGUGAUGGCGAGGAAACCCCGUUGACAAGGCACUGCUUUUUCAUGACGGAAAUCUGGGGGGGUUAAAUGACUGACUCGAUGGUCCCCACUGGAAACCAGUGUCAUGGACGAUGAAGAUGCUCGCCGUCUUCUAGAUAUUAUAGGGGAUGAGCAGGCUCUGAAUGACUAUCUUCAUGGCCCCAACAGCAAAUCGAUCAAUGAAGAUGACGUGACAAACACGACCUUUGGCUCUGCCAACUCUUUCUUUAUCAGCAGUUCUGGAGGAACUGACUCCGCCCUGAAGGAUGGUGGCAGCACCCUCAGCGAUGUGGGCGGGGCUGAUGGGGCGGGGCUGCAGCUCUCCAGCAGCCUGCAGUUCAUUUCGGCGGAGCUGGGUGAGGCCUCGCCCUCAGGGGCAGAGCUAGGGGAGGAGCAGCCCUUCGACAUCCUCCAGAAAUCCCUGCUGGAGGCCGACAUCACGGAGCAGACCCUGGCCCAGGAGGCCCUGCUGGAUUCCCCGCCCCCGUCAGCCCCCUUCGCCCAGCAGCUGGCCUCUGGGGGAUUCGGGGGCGUGACGGGGGCGGGGCCGUCCCCUCUGCCUUUCCCCGGGGCCCAGACCCAGGGCGUGCUCCAGCAGGUCUCCCAGCAGCCCCUGCACAACGGGUCCGCAGGACACAUCCAGGUGCUGGGGGCGUUUGGAGGCACGCCCUCAGUGAUGACCAUCAACAACAUAGAGCGACCUCAGAUCGUCCUGCGACCCGGGGGCGGGGCAGGCGGAGGAGGAGGGGGGCAGGGCGGCAUGUUCGCCCCUCCUGCUGCGGGACAGGUCGGCGUCCCUUUCAAGGCCUGCGGAACGUCCAUCCCCCUCCAGAACAUCAUCUUCCAGAGGGGCCCCUCCCCCCAGGCGCUGGUCCGGCCCAUCCAGCCCAAACCGCUGCAGGUGGGCGGGCAGACCGUGUACAACAUCAGCGGCCUGGGCCUCCAGGCCCCGCCCACUGCCACGCCCCCUCAGCCUGGGGGCUCUUCCCAGUCGCCCCAGCAGGUGAAAGUGGUCAACCACGCGGGUAACAUCAUGAUCCAGUCUCCCCUGGGGCAGCCGCAGCAGCAGCAGCAGCAGCCCGGUCAGUUCCUUCUGCCCGCCUCCCUGUCGCUCACCCCCACCUCCUCCACCCACGGCCUGCAGGCCCUGAACGGGCAGAUCCUCCAAACCUCCGACCGCGCCUCCGUCAGCACCACCUACUCCAUCCUGACCAACCACAGCGCUGCUGUGCAGCUGGUCGCUGGGCAGAGCUUCGCGGGCCAACUGAUCGUCAACCAGGGCUCGGUGCCGGGGGGCGUCGGGCAGCAGGUGACCCAGGUUUCCCGGGCGACGGGGGGCGUGGCCAAGGUGUGGCCCGGCGGGGCCGUGCAGAACCGCUUCGCCCUGGUGAGCUCGGCGGGCGCUCAGGCGCUGGAGGGCGGGGCCACGGGGCCCCAGGGCCAGCAGCAGGUCUCUGUCAGUCUGGUGCCCCUCACGCAGGACCCCGUCCCUGCCACAAACGCCGCGGCAGAGUCUUACGCUUUCUCCAGCAGCCAGGACACUUCAUCAGCAGCCCAGUUCAUAAACCUGCCAGGGAACAAAAUUCUGCAAACUGUGACACCCAUCAGCCAGGUUGACUCCACCAGCACAACAAAUACCCAGCUCGGCUCACAGAAGAGACCCGCCCCUCAACAGCUCACCAAAGGAAUCCUGGUUCUCCAGCAGCUGAGGCGGGACCAGGCCAAGGUCCUGGCAGCAGACAGACUGCCCUUCUCUUCCUUGGAAGACGCUGCUCACCAGCUUCUGCCCUACCAUGUGUACCAGGGUGCUCUUCCUUCCAACGAGGACUUCAAAACGGUGGAUGAAGAGUUUGAGACGGCGGCCACACAUGUGCUAAAGCGAACGCAAUCAAUGCUGAAUAAGUACCGGCGCCUCCUGCUGGUGGAGGCUGAGCGAACCAAUCCCUCAUCGGAGUUGGUGAUGAUUGACAGGACCUUCAAUCAGGAGGAGCGGAGCAACCUGACCCGGGACAAGCGGUUAGCGCUGGUGGACCCGGAGGGUUUCCUGGAGGAUUUCUGCUGCCUGGCCAAGCCUGAGGGUGUGAGGUCAGCAGGGCCGGAGGUAGGCCCCGUGGGGGUAACUGAACUGCAGGGGGCUUCUUCUUUCCUGCCACGGACGGAGCAUCACCACGGCGACAUAAAGGACCUGGGGAGUGUGCAGACGGACGAGAACGGGCGGGGAAGCGCGGACCCCGCCCACAGGACAGAGCCGCAACCCGGGUGCAAGGACCCGGGGUGGGAGGGGCCGGAGGUGUCCCUCAGCGAGCACCUGGAGACGGCAAUCAAGAACAUCCUGGACCUCAAGAAGACCCGAAGGGGCAGCUACGUCAGCCACGCCCCCUCGGCGACGCCCUCGUCGGUACCGCACCAGGCCCUUUUCCCGCCUCAGAGGCAGGGCCCGGAGAAGCCCCUCUCCUCAGAGCACAGCCAGCCGCCAACGGUCACUCAUACGGAUUCGGUGCUGGAGGCCGCUGUAAAUAGCAUACUAGAAUGUUAAACGGUGCCACGCUCGUAAUUUGUGUUUGUGCCCCCCCCCCCCCCCCCCAACACCGCCAGCUGUGCUUUUCCCAGGCAGGUAUAGAGUGACAGAGAAUAGGACAGAGGACAGCAUUAGGGAUAAUCCCCCUCCUGCCUUCCUCCAUUCUGUGCCUCUUGUUGCUCGGCUGCCUCUGUCCUGGGUGCACUUGUGUCGUCUCCCGGUGAAGCCGUUUACAUGAAGACAUAUCAUCUGCCCGGGCGCGACCGCGCCUCGAGCUUCAUGUGUGUGAGCGCGCGCGAAAGGGUGUUUACAUUGGUUGUAGUGCAAAGGCACGAGUCUGCAAGGUGUGUAUGGUGUGUCAGGUGUCGUAAGCUGUGUUACAUGUGUGAGGGGUCUCCCACCAGUCCACAGCAGUUCACACAGGUCAAUUUCAACAACUGUCCAUCUCCAAGAUUGUCUUUUAGUGUUUGAAGCAGUUGCCCUGACCAAUUAAGAUACUUCAGAGAAAGUCUUUUUAUUUUCAUAAUAAUUUUUUGGUUUUUAAAUAUUUUAUUUCAUGUUGCUUUGUUAGUAUUUUGUACCUUACAGGUAUGUGACUACACACUUCAUAGGAGUGGUUUUGUACAAGGUCAGUUUAAGGCCUCAGAAUGAGGCAUUUAUGUUAAUGUUUGAUAUUAUAUAUAUUUCUUUUUACAUUUGAUUUUUGGAAGAUAAAAUAUCAAAUCAUUCUAUUGUGGGCGUGGCACUCUGCUGUUGGGCAGAACCUUGGAAGCGGUCCUGUGCUGCAGGGUACUCAUUUCAGUGGCGCACAUGACGUUUGUGCCUGUUUGAGUGACGCACAGGAAGUCAGUGCUUAUUUGACUGAUGCCACAGAUUCUGAAGACUAACCUCGUAUUCUUAACAUUGAAAGUUAUGCCUUGAUGCUGCUGAAGCUGCCUCAUUCAGUUCGAUGCAUCUUAAGAAUAUUUGUGAAGGUUUGUGUAUGAAGGCAGUAGCAGCGGUGAAGGGUAUUCUGUCAUGGAUUAUGCCUUUCACUAAAACCCAUUUAUUGUAAUACAGCACUAGGUACUCCUGUUGCCAAUCAGAACCUCAACCUAGAGUAAGGAGGUUGAGAAGGUAGAUGCAGGAGCUGUCCAUCUGGUUACGAUGCAGAAUCUGUGAUGACACACAAGUAAAAGCUCACUGGUGGUUUGCUUCCAAGGGGCUCAGUUUGCAAAUGCGGCUGCUUCGUGUGGACGCAGUGAGGGGCGGGAGAGUGACUGAAUCGCACACGUUUGGAGCUAUCCUGUGUUAUCAGUGACUCCUUAUUUUCAAACACUCAUAUCGUUUUAGCAAUAGCGAACAUUUCAAUGACUGACAGCAUCUGAUCGCCGUGCCUAAUAUGGGGCUUGUGAAGCCUGACUCUCCCAUCGCCAGAUGCUAUGCUUCUGAACCUUGGCCCUCUGUGGUAGUGUGACCCUCCAAUCAAGGUGGGACUGCACACUUUCACCUUUGAUCUCGCUGGGGACAGGUGGCUGUGCUGAAUUAACAGGGCUUUCUCAGAGUUCCUCGAGAGCUGCCUUCUGUUAUUACAGUGUGGUUUCUGUCUUCCUGAGGGAACAACAAUGAGAAUAUACUACAAUGGUUGUUUGGCAAAGUGGCAAGAACAUGUGCCCACUGGGUCUGAGUUCGGUCUUAGUUACGGAGGGCAAAGUUCUAUAGGGACCCUGAAGGCUCGGGAAUGGUGGAACCGUGGUCCAUUCGAGUACAUUUGAAGAACCACCCUUAGUACAGUAUUAGUGAGUGUUUAAUUACUCAUCUAGGUCCUGCUAAAAUGUGACCAUUUUUCCAAAAAUAAUGUAUAGAAGCAUAUCACAGGUUGUAUGAGUAUAUGUGUGUGUGUGUGUGUGUGUGUGUGUGUAAAAGAGAGAGAGUGAGAGUGAAUGUUGCAUGUGAAUGUGUGUCCAUUGCUAAUGUCAUUUGAGAGGUGCCUAUUUCUGGCUCAAAAUCGUCCAUGGCUCUUAUCAUUAAAGAUACACUACAUUUCUAGUAUGUUCCAGCGAUGCCCCCCACCCUAAAAAAAGUAAUAGGGGAGGGGAAAAUUGAGCGGUAAAACCAGAAGGCCUGCAUUACAAAGUGCUUCUUCACCUUAGGGGAGAACCAUUACGUGCACACUUACACACAUUUUUUUGCUGCUCUUUGUUUUUUGUGUGGCCUUCUCAGAUUGCCUGUGGGGAUGAGAAUCGUAAAGGUGCCUCUCGCCACCUUCAGAAUCAUCAUCAAAAUCGUCGUCAUCAUCCUCGUUGUUUGGCCUUCAUUUGACUCUUACUUUAUAUGGAUGUGUUUGUACAUCAGUCUCCCUCAAACACUUGUUUUGUUCUUUGUUUUUUAAUUUUUUGUAUAAACGUGGACGAAAAUGUAAAACAAGAUAUUUAUAAUUUUUUGUAAGAAAAAGAGAAAAUUCACAAAAAGCUGUAAGUUUUUAUGUUGGCUGUGAAGUUUUAAAUGAAGAAAAAAAUGUAUUUGUUUUGAUUUAUUGUCAAGCUCUUAGUUUCUUCAUCGUUUUGUGUGGACGUUCAUUGCAAAAACAAGUAAACAAAUCAAAACAUUAAAUAGAUUUUCAAAUAUAGCUUGAGACUGGCAGAUGCCUGUGAUCUUUCGACUGUAUGUUAAAGGGUGUUUUUAUUCUAUCAUUUUUAUUUUUUCAGUUUUUAUUUAUUUUAUGGUUCACCCUUUUUUCUUCCAAAUUUGGAAUGUCCAAUUUUACCUAUCUGGUUUAGGCAGUGAUACCUAUACUUGUGUAAGGAACAUUGGAUGCCCCAUCAACCAGAGAUGUCCCUAUCAAUUAAUUGGUGAAUGCUCCAUCAGUUGAAACUCCUGCUUUCCAUCACGAUGCUGUAAUUCAGUGGUUCCCAAAACCUCUUCUUGGGUACUCCCAGCCCGAUCCAGUUAUUCGAUUUGAGUGGAAUUGAGUUGUUAGUAGAACGAGGGGGCAUAAAUGGAAAUUAGCAAAAGGCAAAUUCCUCACGGACAUUAGGAAGUAUUUAUUUCACACGGUGAGUAGUCACUGCAUGGAAUAGCUUGCCAGGUCAUGUAGUAGAAGCAGUAACUCUGGGGGUUUUCAAGACCAGGCUUCAUAUGGUGUUAGAUCUAGUUUGUCGAUAAUCCGGGCACUAGGUGACCUUUAGUGGUAGGAAAAUGGCGAGCAUUGUUGGUCUGUUCUCGUUGUUAUGUUAUGUUACAUUACGUUAGGUUACGUUACGUAAUGCUAAACACACCUGAUACACCUAAUCAAGCCCUCGGUUAGUUGCAUCAGGUGGAUGCCUGGAACCAGCUGGGGGUACCCGAGGAAGGGUUUGGGAACCACUUUAGCUAAUUAACAGUCUGUACUUUCACAGUCAGGAUGCAGUCCACAGUUAGACAUAGUGCUCUUCCGAUACAGGUAUUUGCAUCUGGUUUGCUGGCCACGCCCACCAGUCGACCCACCGCUAAGAUAAGCUGGCCUGGGCUGAAUUUUGAACAAAAAGAUGAGCCUCAGGUUUGGCUAGACUCGGCAGGGAUUAUGUAGGGCUUAUGCACUGACUUGUUCAUGGGCAUCAGUUUAAAGCAGAUCUGCUAAUCUCAUCAGUCUGAUCUUACAUGUGAACUAGUGGACCAUUCACAUGAUGUAAAUAUCUUUGGUCUGGUGUCAGAGAUCUGGCUCGUAUUUUCUGUCCUCUUUUUUAUCUUUUUUCUGUCCUCAUUUUGUUUCUCUUUGCUGUACUAAAAUGUGAUGCUAAAUAAACAUUCUUUAUUCUGUAA